AUGGAAGAAAAUCAAGAGCAACAACAACAACAACAAACAAAGAUCUUAAUUACCAACCGUGUUCUACUAUCUAUUAAAGAGGCAUCCAGUUUAAUUGGUAAGGGUGGUAAUACUAUUGAAAACAUUAGACAAGAACAUAAUGUUAAAUUAUCUCUAUCCCCACAAAUUCCACGGUGCAGUGAUCGUGUCUUAACCUGUGGCGGCGAUUUAGUUGAUGUUUGUAAUGCCAUUGCUGAUUGUGUCGCUGUCUUGAACAGGGAAAUCCCAUUUAAUGAAAGAUAUGUUAACCAUUCCUAUAAAGUUUUGAAUUUUAUACUACCAAAACCAACAAUUGACGAAUUGGGUGAUGAAGAGUUACUAGAAGAAGGUGAGCUCCAUGACAACGCUAUGAAAAGCGAAAGUACCAAAGCUGAAGAAGAAUAUCUAUUUUCUAUCGGCAAUUUGAGAUUGAUUUUAUCAGAUAGCGAAAUCGCCGUUAUAAUCGGCACCCAAGGUAAAAGAAUUAAAAAUUUGAUUUCUACCUACGGUGUUAAGAUAGUAGCCUCUAAAAAGGAAUUGUAUGAAAGUGAUGACCGUAUUUUGGAAUUUCAAGGUCAUCCGGCUUCCAUUGCCAAGUGCUUGAUUGAAGUAAAUGAAACUUUAAUUGCAAGUUUUGCACAUAUCAAGCAUGGCAGACAAUAUUACCCACAUACUACCUUUAAAGAAGUUUUCAAUGUUCCCAAGGAAUACGUUGGUGCCUUAAUGGGCUAUAAAGGUAACAGAAUUGUUAAUUUAAGAAAAUUUGCCAAGUGUUCAAUCAAAGUUUCCGAAAAAGUCGAUAAUAACGGCUCUAGAAGUUUUACCAUUACUAGUGACCAUAAAUCUGGUGUAGAGAAAGCUUUACGUUUAUUACAGAAUAAUUACAAAGAAGAAAUAAGAAAGAGAGAAUCUGGAUAUUAUACUAAUAAUAAUGCUAGGGAUAAAAAUAAAAAUAAUAAAAAUAAUAAUAAUAAUAAUAGUAUCGAUGAUAAUAAUAAUAAUAAUGAUAAUAGCAGUAGUAGUAAUAGCAGUAAUACUAAUAACGUUAAUAAUAAUAAUAAUAGUACAAAUGCUAUUCAUGAUAAUGAUGACAGUGAUACUGACGGCAGUGAAGAGAAGAGAAGCAAAAAUAACGACAACAAGGAUCAUCAAGAAAGUUAUAGCAACCAUUUAGACAAAACAAUAUAUUAA